ACCAGAACCUCAAGCACCGAAUUUGUUGCGAACUGUAUUUGUUUUGAUUAUCUGACAACAUGUCUCUCUACGGACACGAUGCCCCUGCCCUCUAUAACACGGGUUACUCUCGGAACACCCCCUUCUCUAUUGACAACCUCCUCGUUCAGAAGGGAGAGUACCCCUUCAAGAGUGAGUCCCUGUUGUCCUCUGUAGCCCCUGGUUUCAACUACGUUCCCAUGCCUCACUAUAACCCUCUUAACGCUGCCUACUCUGGAGGACCUUCAAGACCUCUGAGUAAAGGAGAACCCUCAACCCAUCCUUACUAUCCUCGAGAUAUUAAAUCAGAUGAAAAGCUGCACGGUUUAAAGCACGACCACCACGCAAUGUGGCAAAACUUUCUCAACGGAACUACAGAACUAAAUCUAGCGGCCAGUGCACCUCAAGAUUCAGAAGGCCACAGCCCGAUGAUAUUUGCUCCGCCAUUCCGAACAGAUCUGUCUGGACGACCCUUGAGGAGGAGAAAAGCUAGGACUGUGUUCAGUGACGAUCAGUUGCAGGGACUCGAGAGAAAAUUUAAGAUACAGAAGUACCUGUCAGUGCCUGAGAGAAUGGAGCUAGCAGGAAUGUUGAAUCUCUCAGAAACCCAAGUUAAAACCUGGUUCCAGAACAGACGAAUGAAGUGGAAGAAACAAGGACUAGGAACCAUCAGCAGUACUAGCUCUCACAUGAAUAGCAGCAAGGUAUCCCCCGGUCUCUCCAGCUCAGCAGAUACAAUAGACCUGAAACCAAUGAUUCAUACGGGAUCUCUGGGCGGUAUCGGGAAGGUUAACUUUGCAACGGAGAUCAAACUACCAGAGGGACUUACACAUCUCACUUCUCUGGGACAUGGAGAGAGUGUAGGAGAGCUCAAAGUGGACCGCUGAACAGUGUCAGAUGAUGACGUCACACUGAUGACGUCACGUUACUGUGAUGACGUCACCUGUUUCUUUGUUUAAAGAUGGCGCGUUGUAAUGAUGACGUCACGUGUUCUUUGUUUAAAGAUGGCGCGUUGUAAUGAUGACGUCACGUUUUGAUUUUGUGAAGGCAGCGCGUUACUGUGGGACUACCUCAUAAGAAGUAUUUAGAUUGUAGCCACUGUUCAAAAUGACUGCAUCAGCUCGGUUACAGUUGUUAGGUUACAGUUGCUAGGUUACAGUUGCUAGGUACAGAAUUGAUUAUAUUUGGUGAUAAUGAAUUAACUGCACUUUAAACUGCUGUUUUCAGAAAUAUUCAAAUAUUCUCGCUUUUCAACCGAAAAACCAAAUAUAUAUGUGAGUAUGUGGAUAACUAACUGCAUUUAAAAUUGUACCCUAUUAUAUUCUCGAACUUUCUUUGAAGUUUGGUUCCUUUUAUUUGAUUCUUGUAGCCUUUAUAUAGAGACUGUGAGUGAUCUACGAUUUUUUAUUUUAUUUGUUGUUUGUACAUAGUAUAACUUAUUUUUAGCCAAUUUAUCUCAU